UCAUGGGUUUCAUUUUCCCCAACAAGAAAGAGGGUGAGUGGGCAGUGUUGAGCACAGGGCAGGGCAACCUGGGCAGCAGCACCACUCAUGGAGAGGGACCAGCUGCCUGGGGGCAUGGAGCAGGUACCUGCAGAGGUUUCCUGGCUUUGCUUGACUUUAGAUGAAUUCCCUGCAAGACCCUGUGGUCUGAGGUGGCACUGAAACCAGUCCCUGGAAAAGGGGAGAGAGAAGACCCAGCCCCUCUCCUGGUGGGACAGAAGAAGCAGGUCAAGGGUUCAAGGGCUGCACCUGAAGAAGAUAUAGGAACAGACCAUUAAGUUUGACAUGGCCAUUCCUGGGGUGCGACCGUGCAGACACAGGAGAGCACCGUGCAGCCGAGUCCCAGCCCUGCAAGGUCAAGGAAGCAGCUUUCAACGGUUGGCAGGAAGGGAAAAUGGAAGAGACAAGCCUGAGGAAAAGGAGAGAAGAUGAGAAGUCGAUCCAGAGUAAUGAACCUAAGAGCACCAAUCUCCAAAAGGAGGUGGGCCUGGUCAGCGGCAUCUGCAUCAUCGUGGGCACCAUCAUUGGCUCCGGGAUCUUCAUUUCCCCGAAAUCCGUGCUCAGCAACACAGAAGCCGUGGGGCCUUGUCUCAUCAUAUGGGCUACUUGUGGGGUUCUUGCAACACUGGGUGCCCUGUGCUUUGCGGAGCUUGGGACGAUGAUCACCAAGUCAGGGGGCGAGUACCCUUAUCUGAUGGAGGCUUUUGGCCCCAUCCCUGCCUACCUCUUUUCCUGGACCAGCCUGUUCGUCAUCAAGCCCACCUCCUUUGCUAUCAUCUGCCUCAGCUUUUCUGAGUACGUCUCUGCGCCCUUCUACUCAGGCUGCAAGCCUCCGGAGCUGGUGGUCAAAUGCCUGGCUGCCGCCGCCAUCUUGCUCAUCACCACGGUGAACGCACUGAGUGUGCGGCUGGGUAGCUACGUCCAGAACCUGUUCACAGCGGCAAAACUGGUGAUUGUGGCCAUCAUCAUCAUCAGCGGGCUGGUCCUCUUGGCUCAAGGAAACACUAAGAACUUUGAGAAUUCUUUUGAGGGAUCAAAACUGACAGUGGGAGCCAUCAGCCUAGCGUUUUACAAUGGUCUCUGGGCAUACGACGGAUGGAACCAACUCAAUUAUAUCACAGAAGAACUUAAAAACCCUUUCAGAAACCUGCCCCUGGCCAUUGUCAUCGGGAUCCCCCUGGUGACUGGGUGCUACAUCCUCAUGAACGUCUCCUACUUCACUGUGAUGACCACCACCGAGCUUCUGCAGUCACAGGCUGUCGCUGUGACGUUUGGUGACCGAGUUCUGUACCCAGCCUCGUGGGUUGUUCCCCUCUUUGUGGCCUUCUCCACCAUCGGGGCUGCGAACGGCACGUGCUUCACAGCGGGCAGACUUGUUUAUGUAGCAGGCCGGGAAGGCCACAUGCUUAAACUGCUCUCCUAUAUCAGUGUCAAACGCCUGACUCCAGCCCCCGCAAUCAUCUUCUAUGGUAUUAUAGCGAUUAUCUAUAUCAUUCCUGGCAACAUAAACUCACUAGUCAAUUACUUCAGUUUUACUGCAUGGUUCUUUUAUGGCUUGACAGUCUUGGGGCUGAUUGUGAUGAGAUUUACAAGGAAAGACCUGGAAAGGCCUAUCAAGGUGCCCAUUGUGAUCCCCAUCUUGGUGACUCUUGUGUCUAUAUUUCUGGUCUUGGCCCCAAUCAUCAGUGAACCUGCUAUGGAAUAUCUCUACUGUGUGAUAUUUAUAUUGAGUGGCCUUCUAUUUUACUUUCCUUUUGUCCACUAUAAGUCUGGAUGGGCUCAGAAAAUCUCAAAUCCUGUUACUAUGUACCUUCAGAUGCUGAUGGAAGUUGUCCCACCAGAAGAUGAUCCUAAGUAAGAAGCUUAGUCUCCCUGUGGCCAUGGCUAAGCUGUGAUGAAUUUAUUUUUGUAAGUGUUAUCUGUGUGGUUAUUCUUGAUGUUCUUCUUUGGUUUUUUCUUUCUUUUAAAAACCUAUUCAAAUCUUUGUAA